AUGGGCGUCGAACAGUUGCAUGCAAGGAGGCUCCUGUCGGAAGCCGCUGCCGCUGACGCGGCUGCCCCGUCGGCGGGGCCGCCGGCGAUGCAGGUGUCUGCAGCGCACACGCACGCAGCAGCAGCGCCCUUCAGCUCGCUGAACACGACGGUGAUCACGGUGCUGUCGCUACUCCUGUGUGGCCUGGUGGUCGUGCUCGCGGUGCACGCGGUCGUCCGGUGCGCGUUCCGCGUCACGCGCCGCGUGUGCUACGGCCAGGACGAGGAGCCCCCCGGCGGCGGCGGCGGGGAUGCGUCGGCGCCUCCUCCUCCCCCUCCUGCCAGGCCGGGCCCAGGAGGAAGCGCGGGCCGCGAACCGGGCUGCCCCCGUGGAUAG